AUGGAUCCAAAAUCAAUAUCCACUUUAACUGACCAGCAGGAUUCAAUUGGUUCAGAGAUCGACAGAAUCAUUCGCAACUUCAAGAAGGACUCACCCAGCAGGAAAACACGUCAAUAUCUCGAAGAUCGUAAAACAACUUUAGAACAGUUAUUAGCUGACUUCAAGGCUAAUGAUGAGCAACUACAACAAGCCGAUGUACUAGCAAGAACAUCGGACUAUUUCACACAAGAUUACGGCAUGGUAAUCAUAAAUUUGGGUAACAAAUAUAUCACCACAAUAACUCAAGAGCUGGAAGCAUUACUCAUUAAGGCUCAACCAUCAACAAUAAAGGGGUUGGACCUUCAGAUAAAUAAUGAUGUUGAAGCUCCUGAAAUAGUAUUACCUACUGGUGGUCAAGAGAAUGAAAUUAUUCAGGCAUUAGUCAACAGACGAAAUGCAGUGUGUAAAUCAAUCAAUCGUCUCAUCCACAAUGUGAGACAAGAUAACCAGCAACAGGUACCACAAUAUUUUGCAGUAAAAUUAGCUACGCUUACCAAGUUAUGGGAUCAGGCUGAAGGUUUAAAUUUUACUAUUCAGGAACGGCAAGACAACCCUUCUGAUUGCAAUCAUUAUCUAGCACUUGAACAAUUGGUGCAAGAUACAAUGGUGGAAUGGACUAGUAAGUCGACCAAGAUUGAGACAUCAAUUAGGUCAACUUACCAAUCAUCGGCUACUUUGCCAACAAUAUCUCUUCCAAAGUUCAGUGGAGAUUAUUUGAGUUGGCGACAAUUCAGUGAUCUGUUUGCACAACUAAUACACAAUCAAAGAAUAUCAGACUCACAGAAACUCUGGUAUUUGAAAACCAAUAUUGAAGGCGAAGCUGAAGCACUCAUCAAGCAUUUGCAAAUAUCAGAUGCAAAUUAUGAGACGGCAUGGCAAUUACUACAAAGUAGAUAUGAGAAUAAAAGAGUUCUAGUAUCAGCAGUUUUGCAACGUUUGACAGCUCAAAACUCUUUAUAUGACCAUCCAACAGUCCAAGCCAUUAAAAAUAUGCAUGACACAACAAAGGAAAGUCUAUGUGAACUUCAUAAUUUAAAUAUUGAAACAUCAACUUGGGAUCCAAUUUUAGUUCACAUACUAUUAAAAAAAUUGGAUAAAAAUACACAUUGCAGUUUUGAACAAACUCUUACUAACCCAAAGGAGAUGCCCACAAUAAAACAAUUCUUAGAAUUUUUAGAAUUGAGAUUUCAGUCACUUGAGGCUAUAGGUCUACGAGACAAUGCAGUAUAUAAACCCAACAAAAGGAUAGCCGUAACUAUGGUUUGUUCAGAUCUAUGUAAAGUUUGUAAUACAGAUAAACAUCCGAUCUACUAUUGCAAAAAGUUCAUUGAAAUGACUCCUCCUGAACGAUUAAAUUGGAUUCAACGACAAAAACUAUGUGUGAAUUGUUUCAAAUCCGAUCAUAAAGCAAAGGUUUGUGAAGCUGGAUCAUGUAAAAAAUGUGCCAAGAAGCAUAACACUUUGCUCCAUUUAGAGCAACAGUCACCUAAACCUUCAAGGGCACCAGCAACAAACACAAAGUCAACCACAACAUUGAUCAACGCUAAUGAAUCGCCAUCCAUAACAGCAACAACUAAUGCAAAGUGUACUCGUAAUUACGUUCUGCUAGCCACUGCAAAGGUGCGCAUUAUUGCAAACAAUGGACGAACGUGUGAUGUUCGUGCCAUACUCGACUCAGGGUCUCAAGUGAACCUAGUAACCCAAAGAGUAAUCAACAAGUUAUCUUUAAUUACCACAAAUUCAAAUCUAUCGAUCGAAGGUAUUGGCCGUCAAUUCGGGAACUCAAAAUCUCGCGUAAAUGUUGAACUGCAGGCUACUAAUGGAAGCUUCAGGACGAGACUAGAGGCAUUUGUAUUGCCACAAAUAAUAUCAGCACAACCGUCACGAGACCUAGAUAUCUCGGAUUGGCAGAUCCCACAGAAUGUAGAAUUAGCAGACCCCAGCUUUAACAGAUCUGGAAGAAUUGACAUGCUGAUUGGUGCUGAAUUCUAUCAUACUCUACUUCAACCAGAACAAUUGAUAAUAGGAAAGAAUUCGCCACUGUUACAAAAUUCGGUUCUAGGUUGGUUGGUGGUUGGUAAGACUAAAACUACAACAGAUAUUAAACCAACAUGCGCUAUUACUACAGGAGAGGUUGGUGAAAUGUCAGAAAUGAUAGAACGAUUUUGGAAGUUAGAUAACAUUGAGACUGCAGAAAGGGUUUUGACUGUAUCUGAGAAAUGGUGUGAAAAUCACUUUACAAAUCAUGUAAAGACAAAUCGCGAUGGUCGUUUCAUUGUACGCUUACCUUUUCGCGAUGAUCCCACAACACUUGGUAGAUCGCGUGAGAUAGCAUUCAAUCGAUUUUGUUCUCUGGAAAGGAAGUUACAAAGGGACCCAAAUUUAUACAAGCAGUACAUUAAGUUCAUGGAUGACUACGAGUCAUUAGGUCACAUGGAAAAGGUUUGCCCGAAAGAUGUCAAAGGAGCACAAUAUUUCAUUCCUCAUCAUUGUGUCUUGAAACCUGACAGCACUACAACCAAAUUGAGAGUUGUCUUUGAUGCAUCAGCAAAAACAUCAAGCGGUUUAGCACUAAACGAUAUUUUGCACAAAGGUCCAACAGUGCAAAGUGAUCUUUUUUCAAUACUGUUGCGUUUUAGAAUAUACCGGUUUGUAUUUACGGCCGAUAUUGAGAAAAUGUACCGGCAAAUUCAAGUACAUGAUGAAGAUACAGCACAGCAGCUGAUAAUCUGGAGAAAAAGUGCUGAUGAUAGUAUACAAUAUUACCGACUGAAAACGGUUACAUAUGGAACAAAGUCAGCCCCUUAUCUUGCAACAAAAUGUCUUCAACACCUUGCGAAACAUAAUAUGACCAAUUAUCCGCUUGGAGCACCUGCAUUACUUAAUGAUUUUUAUGUAGAUGACUGUUUAAGCGGAACUAACAGCAUCAUUACCGCCUUAGACACUCAACAACAACUUUCGGAACUGCUCAGUAAAUCAGGAUUUAAACUGAGAAAAUGGUGCUCAAAUAAUACACGACUACUACAAAACAUUCCGAUAGAAGACCAAGAAAUCAACCUUGAUUUAGAUGACUCAGCCAUAAAGCCAACAAAAACAUUAGGCAUUAUUUGGCUCCCGAAAUCAGACGAAUUUUGCGGUAAGGCAGAGAUGUCAUCAGAGCAACCUAUCACGAAGCGGAUUGUGGCAUCGGACUUAGCUCGAAUUUUUGAUCCUUUGGGAAUUUUUGGCCCCAUUACUGUAACAGCUAAAAUAUUCAUGCAGGAAUUGUGGCAACAAAACUAUUCCUGGGAUGCGGAACUGUUACCUCAGGCUCAGCUAGAAUGGAAGCGGUUUAGAACUGACUUACAAACAUUAAAUACUGUGAAAGUACCCAGACAUAUUUUUAAUUCGAAGGUUCCCUGUUCGAUUCAAUUACACGUGUUUACGGAUGCAUCAGAGAAGGCAUAUGGAGCAGCUAUGUACGUGCGAGCAAUAUAUAAUGAUAAGACAAUAACAUCGAGACUAUUGUGCGCCAAAUCUAGAAUAGCACCAUUAAAAAAACAGACACUUCCACGACUAGAACUCUGCGCAGCAUUGCUGGGAGUCGAAUUAGCAGAAAGAGUUAAACAAGAUUUAAAGUAUCAAAACGUGCCAACCUACUUUUGGUCCGAUUCCAAAAUUGUUUUGUCAUGGAUAAUAUCUUCAUCUGCCUCAUUGCACACAUUCGUAGCAAAUCGUAUUAGCAAAAUUCAAGAGAUGUCACAUGCUGAUCAAUGGCAUCAUGUGGCAUCAAAGGAUAAUCCUGCUGACAUCAUUUCCAGAGGAAUAAAGGUUAAAAUGUUCAAUUAUUCACAUAUAUGGUUUUUUGGUCCACUCUUUCUUCAUGGAAGUAACGAAUUUUGGCAACAGCCAAACCCAAAGGCAUUUAACAUUUCAACUGAUAUCGAAAGACGACAAGGACAUACAGUUAACAUUAUCAUUCAAACGACUGGUUCUGAUCACAUGAUAAAUCAAAUUGAUCAUCGAAACUCAUUUAGAUACCUUCAAAGAACAAUUGCUUAUGUUCGCCGUGUAUUUCAUCGCACACAAUCACCAACAAGAACACUUUCUCCAAAAGAAUUACGAGAUGCAUUAGUCUUCAUAAUUAAAACUAUUCAGGGCUCAGAAUUUGCAAAGGAAAUCUCUGAUUUAAAACAAUGUAAAGCAGUCAACAGUUCGAGUCAACUAAAUACUUUAGCACCGUUCAUUGACGAACAAGGUGUACUUCGUGUUGGAGGAAGGCUUGAAGCAUCAACAUUGCCAUAUGAUGCUAAACACCCAAUGGUAAUUCCUUACAAUCACUCAAUAGUGAAAUUGAUGUUCAAAAUGAAACAUGAAGAAAAUUCCCAUUGUGCUCCACAAUUAUUGCUAAGCAUAAUGAGACAAAACUUCUGGCCGAUUAAAGGAAAGAUUAUGGCGCGAAACAUUGUUCACAGCUGUGUCAUCUGUUCAAAGGCAAAACCAAAACUGAUGGACCAACUCAUGGGCAACUUACCGACUGAUCGAGUUACUCUAACUAAACCAUUUUUUACCACAGGAGUUGAUUACUGUGGUCCGAUAUGGAUUCAUUAUAAAAUUAGAGGAAAAAGGCCAACAAAGGCAUAUUUAGCAGUAUUUUGCUGUUUCGCGACUAAGGCUGUUCACCUAGAAGUGGUGAGUGACCUGACAACAGAGGCAUUCAUAGCCGCUAUUCAACGUUUUAUCAGCAGAAGAGGAAGAUGCCAAACAAUUUAUAGUGACAAUGCGACUAACUUUGUUGGGGCGAGAAACCAACUACAAGAGCUCCAGUCUACCAUUUAUUCAGAAAAUGGUAAAGAAAAGAUCAUUAAGACCAGUAGUAACAAGGGAAUUGACUUCAAAUUCAUUCCACCAAGAGCUCCUCAUUUUGGAGGACUCUGGGAAGCUGCCGUCAAGUCAGCUAAACAUUUAAUGAUUAAAGGAAUUUUCAGCGCUUCAUUGACUUAUGAAGAAUUGACAACAGUCAUAACUGAAAUAGAAGCCAUGUUAAAUUCAAGGCCAAUAACAAAAAUGUCAUCCGAUCCAAAUGAUCUAACAGCGCUUACACCAGGACACUUUCUCAUAGGCGAACCACCUACCACUAAUGUAGAUCCUUAUCAAAAGGAGAGCCGAAUGAGUUUAUCAUCACGAUGGCGUUUAGUUUCUGAACUCAAACAAGAAUUCUGGAGAAGAUGGUCAAAGGAAUAUCUCAAUGAACUCCAAUCAAGGUACAAAUGGAAACAACAAAAGGCAAAUCUAUGCCAAGGUGAUUUAGUCAUUAUUAAAGAUGAUAAUCUACCCAUGUACAAAUGGCCUCUCGGCAGGGUGCAACAGGUGUAUGAAGGAGAAGAUGGUUUGGUCCGUGUAGCUGACAUAAAAACAGCCAAUGGGAUUUUUAAACGACCAUUACGAUCAUUGGCCCCCUUACCCACUGAAGGCAGCAUUAAUCAAAAUCCAACAAAACAAAAUUCUACUGUCACACAAACAAGACGAACGAAUGAACCUAGUGAAGCGUUGCCAAAGCGUCGAAAGAUAUAUGAUGGCACAUCUUUAAUGAUGACCAUACUUGUGACAAUUUUGAUGAUACCAUUAAUACUUUCGAAACCCAUUGAAGAAAUAUCAUUUCCAAACAAACCCGGAAUAUAUUUUGAAGGAAUUGGCACCGUAAAUCAAAUCAUUGGAAGAUGGAAAAUUAUCACUUACUUUGAGUUCGAGCCUAUUCGAAAGGAGAUCGAAAGGUUUCAAAAUGGCACAGCAGCACUUCAGCAAUUGUGCCCAUUGUUACAGCAACAAGAAAGCUGUUAUGAGCUCGUCCGUCAAUUCAAUAAUACUAACAUAGAAUUACGAACUGAAACGAAGGUCAUGACGAGACACCGAUCAGCCAUUGGAGCCAUCAUAUGGAUGAUAUGGAAAAUAAAGCAGGUAAAGCAUCCAGAAGUCAAUCAGCCAACACAAACUCUCACACCAAACGCGAUGCCACGAACAAGAUUUACUUUGGAGCCUGAAACAAUUACAUAG